AUCAUGUUAACACUUAACCGCACUAAAGAGCCACACACACGCUUAUCAAACAUGGAGACCUGGUUCAUCAUCGUUAUCUCUCUCUGCAUCUCAGCCCUUCUCAAAUCUCUCCUCAACCUCACCACCAACAACAAAGUCUCUGAAAACAAUAAGCUCCCUCCUGGACCCUACACCAUUCCCAUCAUUGGCAACAUCCUAUGGCUCCGCAAACCCUUCUCUGAAUUCGAACACAUCAUCCGCAAACUCCAUGCCAAGUACGGACCCAUGGUCACCAUUUUCAUAGGCUUUCGCCCGGCUAUCUUCGUUGCCGACCGCUCUUUCGCUCACAAAGCUCUCGUCCAAAACGGUGCUGUUUUCGCUGACCGUCCAACUCCUUCACCAACCGAUGCGGUCUUAUCUAGUAACCAACACAAUAUCAGCUCUGCUUAUUACGGUCCCACAUGGCGACUCUUUCGUCGCAAUCUCAGUUCGGAGAUUCUCCACCCUUCACGCGUGAAAUCCUACUCCCACGCGCGCAAGUGGGUUUUGGAUAUCCUCGUCAACCGUUGAUUCUCAGGGGAAAAGAGGAAGCUUUCUGAGGGGGAAAUGGUUAGUUUGUGCUCGGAGUUUCUCAACGGAGGUACAGAUACUACGUCCACAGCAUUGGAGUGGAUUAUGGCGAAUUUGGUGAAAUACCCACAAAUCCAAGAGAGGCUUUUUGUGGAGAUUAAAGGGGUUGUUGGUGAUGGAGAAAAGGAAGUAAAAGAAGAGGAUUUGAACAAGAUGACUUAUCUGAAAGCAGUGGUUUUGGAGGGUUUAAGGAGACACCCACCUGGGCAUUUUGUGUUGCCACAUGCAGUGACUGAGGAUGUGGUUUUGGACGGGUAUUUGGUACCAAAGAAUGCUACUUUGAAUUUCAUGGUGGCAGAAAUGGGGUGGGACUCGAGGGUUUGGGAAGAUCCUAUGGAGUUUAAGCCUGAGAGAUUCUUGAGUGGUGAAGAUGGUGUGUUGGAUAUAACUGGAAGCAGAGAGAUUAAGAUGAUGCCAUUUGGUGCCGGGAGGAGGAUUUGUCCUGCUUCUGGUUUGGCAAUACUGCAUUUGGAGUAUUUUGUGGCCAAUUUGGUUUGGAAUUUUGAGUGGAAAGCUGUUGAUGGUGUUGAGGUUGAUUUGUCAGAGAAGCUGGAGUUCACCAUGGUGAUGAAGAAUCCUCUCAAGGCCCACUUAUCUCCAAGGCGUUAAAUGGU